AUGACAGAGACGUCUUUAAAAAUCUUAGAGACAGACCCUACCUGUAGAGAGGACAGGAAGGUGUGGAGAUCUGGUAAAGAUCUCCAAAAGAAAGGCCUAGCAAUUACAUCUCCUGUUACACCUGCCAUCCUUUACUGCUGCAUCGUGAUUAUCAUUGUGCUUAUAGCUCUAAAUGUGGUGUUACUUUUCACUUUUGUGGCAGUGAGAAGCAGAAAGCCAGACCCACAUAUUCUGUAUGUCACUUGCCCAAAAGGAUGGAUUGGAUUUGGGUAUAAGUGUUUUUAUUUUUCGGAAGACUCAAAGAAUUGGACAUUCAGUCAGACAUUCUGUACUUCACUGGGAGCUGUUCUUGUUCAGUUUGAAACGGAGGAGGAGCUGAACUUUCUGAAAAGAUACAAAGACUCUUCCGACCAUUGGAUUGGCCUUAGCAGAGAAUCAUCAAAUCAUCCUUGGAAGUGGACAGACAACUCUAAAUAUAAUGCCUCAUUUAUCAUCACAGGAACUGGGGAAUGUGCCUACCUGAAUGACAUUAGGAUUAGUAGUUCCAGGGUAUACGCAAAUAGAAAAUGGAUUUGCAGCAAGACAAAUAGUAAUGUCUUCAUACCUUUAAGUACUUCAAGGCCUUUUUAG